AUGGCGAUUCAGUCCAAGGAGGACCCGUUGAUGGUCCUCUACCGUCACUACCUCAGCCUCCUAAAAUCUCAAAUCCGCCGAACUCCACGAUCGGUGAAACUUGCUGCCGCGUCAGCUCUUCUCAUUUCAAUGAUAUCCACCAGCUAUGGAGGCUACAGGUGGUGGCAAGAGAGAUCGAAAGAGAAGGCUCAAGGACAAAGAUUGGUUAGGAAGAACAGCGGCCUUCGAGGCAAAGGUGGUGAGCGCAUCAUAUAUGUUCCCAAGGGCAAUACGACCUCCAAAGUCACCAUCUAUCCUACGCGACCGACAACUUUCGAUGCGCAUCGGCGACUAUUCUUGACUCCUCUGCGAGCCACUCGGAUGGGAAACGGUGCAUCUACACCCGCAUACGGACCGCCUCCUCAGACGAAGCCGGGUCUCAACCUGGCCUUCCUCCACCAAUUCCUCAGUCUGUUGAAUAUUAUGAUUCCGCGAUUCCGGAGCAAAGAGACUGCCCUCCUCCUCAGCCAUGGUGUCUUUCUUAUUCUGAGAACAUAUCUAUCCCUGGUCGUUGCGAGACUAGACGGUGCCAUCGUGCGAGAUUUGGUCGCGGGUCAAGGAAAAUCCUUUCUGAUCGGAAUUCUUCGCUGGUUAUUCGUAGGCACAUCGGCCUCGUACACCAACGCCAUGAUCAAAUUCUUGCAAUCCAAAAUCUCCAUCGCCUUCCGCACCAGAUUGACACGGUACAUACAUGAUUUGUAUUUGAACUCGAAUCUCAACUAUUACAAGCUCACCAAUUUGGACGGCGGAGUCGGUCCAGGCGCGGACCAAUUCAUCACUCAAGAUCUCACACUCUUCUGUACAGCAGCAGCAUCAUUAUAUUCUUCUUUAGGAAAACCACUUGUGGACAUUUUUGUCUUCAAUUACCAGCUAUAUCGGUCAUUGGGUCCCCUCGCCUUGACCGGCCUGGUGUCCAACUACUUCGCAACUGCCACUCUCCUUCGUAGGCUGUCUCCGCCGUUUGGAAAAUUAAAAGCAGUCGAAGGCAAAAAGGAAGGCGAAUUUCGCGCCCUUCACGCUCGCUUGAUCGCCAAUGCCGAGGAAGUCGCGUUCUAUGGAGGUGCGGAUGUCGAAAAAGUUUACUUGGACAAAUCUUUCAAGGAACUUCGAAGUUGGAUGGAGGGAAUUUACAACGUGAAGGUCCGGUACAAUAUGCUGGAAGACUUCAUCUUGAAAUACUCCUGGUCCGCAUUUGGAUACAUUAUCACUUCCAUCCCGGUGUACCUCCCAGCCUGGGCUGGAUUGGACUCUCUUCUCGAAGCCUCUGGGUCUGCAGGGGCAGGAACCACCGAAUCUUCGAGGGAACGAUCACAUAUGAAAGACUUCAUUACAAACAAGAGACUCAUGCUUUCACUGGCCGAUGCCGGUGGGCGUAUGAUGUACAGUAUCAAAGACCUCUCUGAACUGGCCGGUUACACCUCACGAGUAUAUCAACUGAUAUCGACACUGCACCGCGUGCACGCGAAUGCUUACGCGCCCUCCCAUCGUCGAAGUCCAGGCAGUAUAGAACUCUAUUCCCUCGCCGACGUCCAGGGAACCACUUACGCCGGAUUCGAUGGUGUACGUCUCGAAGAUGUUCCAAUUGUGGCUCCAGCACUGUACCCCUAUGGUGGUGAUGAACUCAUUGAAUCUCUCUCCUUCGUCGUCCACAGCGGCGAACACCUCCUCAUCUCCGGCAGCAACGGCGUAGGCAAAUCCGCCAUUGCUCGCAUCGUCGCCGGACUCUGGCCCGUCUACCGCGGCCUGGUCUCUCGCCCGCGCAACAACGGUCAGGACGGAAUAAUGUUCCUUCCUCAGCGGCCCUAUCUCAGCAUCGGCACUCUACGAGACCAAGUGAUCUAUCCACACACGGAAAUCGACAUGAGCGAAAACCAACGCCGAGACAGCGAAUUGGAACGCAUCCUCGAGGAAGCGAAGUUAGGCCACCUCCUCGCCCGUGAAGGCGGAUGGGAUACACGUAAGGAAUGGAAAGACGUGCUCUCCGGUGGAGAAAAGCAGCGUAUGGCCAUCGCCCGACUCCUGUAUCAUGAGCCACGAUACGCUUUCCUAGACGAAGGCACCUCCGCCGUCUCCUCUGACGUCGAGGGCCUGCUGUACGAACGCUGCAAGGACCGAGGUAUCACGCUUAUCACCCUCUCCACUCGCGCUAGUCUCAGGAAAUAUCACACCUUCAACCUCAUCUUGGGGCUCGGCGAGGAGGGAUAUGAUUGGGAAAUGGUCCGCAUCGGUACGGAGCAGGAGAAGUCGGGCAUGGAUAAGGAGAUCGGCGAGUUGAAGGCGAAACUGGCAAUGGUCGACGAGUGGGAGAGGAGGAAAAAGGAGAUUGAGACCGAGCUGAGUCGUGUUUUGGUUGUUGGCGCUGAAGGUGAGCGAGGAGAGCUGGAAGCGCCCGAGUACAUUGGCCAAGAGCCUGGACCCUAG